UGUUAGCUCUCUUUUGCACCAAUCAGUUCAGGUCAUGAAUGAAAACGGAAUUGAGCGGCAGCGGAGCUGGGGUAUAGAAACUGCUGUUUUCAACAUCACUCCCUGGCUCUGCUCCACACCUCAUAAAUAAUACUUCUCACUUAAUUUUAGCUGCAGAGAGAAGCAAAAGCAAGCUGCCUGUGUCUUUCUUCAGCAAACCUAAGGUGCUCUUUCAGAGAGGCAGGACAGAGCACUCUGUUAUUAACUGACAUCAUCGAGGAAAUACAUUGCUUUUUAUUUUUUUGGCUGCUUUUUUUUUUUGUUUGCCACAGUUGCGGCAGUAUCUUGAUGGGGAAGCUGAUCUCCAAAGGCUGGAAAAAAAGAGAUGCUCAAGUUGUCAUGCUGGGGCUCAACUUUGCUGGCAAAUCCACCCUUCUCUACAAACUGAAGAGCGGCCAGGCUGUGGAGACCUGUCCGACAGUGGGCUUCAACGUGGAGUCUCUGCAAACACCCUGUGGCAUAUCCUUCACCCUCUGGGAUGUUGGUGGACAAGACAGCCUGCGGGCAAGCUGGCCUGACUACCUGGAGGACAUCAACACCCUCGUCUUUGUGAUCGACAGCACAGACACGGCUCGGCUGUCUGAAGCGGCAGCAGCACUGGAGGAAACCCUGAGCCACCCCAGCAUGGCUGGCAUCCCCGUCCUCCUCCUGGCCAACAAGCAGGAGGUGCCAGGAGCACUGGCUCCUUCUGAGCUGGGGGAGAUGCUGCAGCGAGGGCGGCUGGCAGGGCACCGCUGGAUGCUCCAGGGGUGCAGCGCCCACACCGGCCAGGGCCUGCAAGAAGUCCUGGCCGUCCUGGGAGAGCUGCUGCGGGACCCAGAGCCGAGCUCCCUAUCCCAAGAGCAGCCCAUCACAAGGCUGGCGGAGAGGAGGGAAGCUCCAGGACAAACCUGAAACUCAAGCGGACCCUUCCCACUCACCACUGCCAGCAGCUUUGUCACAGAGGAUUCCAGCCUUCAGGGACACUAAAAUGAGCAGACCUGUAGCUGGGACACACUGUGAAACACCCAGCUGCUCACCACUGAAACCCACCAGGAGAACAUCUGAGCAAAGCUCCCAUUGUGGAGCAGGUUUGGCCUCAUCUCUUGGACUCUCAUCACUGGCUGCAGCUUGUCCCACUGUCACCAUGUUCUGCUCAUCCACUGCACAUGUGUGUCUGGAGCUUCAGCAGGGAUGCUUUUUGCCAGAGCAAUAUAAAUUAUUUAUAUAAAUUAUAACAGAGACAUGUACAGAAGAGGUUUUCUUCUUUCUGCAGCUCCCAGCCCAGAUGCAGCCAUCCACAUGGGGUAAUUCCCACAACAGCGGAGCUUGAACGUUUCCCAUGCUGCUUCUUUCUCAACAUGAAUCACAUGUUCAUUUGCUGGGAAAGCAGGCAGACACUAAAAGGAAUGGCUGGAUGGGAGCAGCGUGAACUCAGGACUUCAAAUGGCUAAACAGCUAAUUGGGUUUAGUGUGGCAUCUGUAGGUAUAAUCUUCAAACCAUGGAAGCAAGUCAGGAUUCAAUGGUGUAUUGCGGUCUGAGGAUGUGUAUAUAUUAAGUUAUGCAUUUCUUAUAAUGUUUCCUUCUUUUUCCAUUCGUUAUUUUUUGUCAAAUACUGAUUUCAUGACAAUGGUACCUCAUUUUCCUAUUAUAUUUAAAUAUAAAGAAAUCAGACCGGACUUUUAGAUGCUUGCAAAUAUGUCUGCAUGGCCAGUUAACCUCUAAAUAUCCUCAUGGUAGCCUGAACAGCCAAGAAAAACUCUGUCUCUCAGACUUUUUGAAACUGCAUGAGCCCACUCCAUGGUUCAUAACCAUGGGCACCUAUAGGCGCAGGCAGGUUGG